CUUCUAUGUAGCAUGAAAUUAUUGAAAUCGUGAUGCACCUUGAGUUUCUUUCUUUCUUUUUUUUUUUUUGCCUUGCUUCGUCUCCGAGCACGGGGCUGCAACAGCACAACAAUAUCACACAACGUUUUUUUUCCGAUGGCGGUACAAAUCGGUCAAUGGGAGACAAAAAGUGGGUAUUCGAUCAUGAAUGAUCAAAUCAUCGGGGUUGAUCUUGGGGAUUCCCGUCGUUGGAGCCGGGACGAUCGCGUAACAUCAUUCUGCUAGUCAUGCGAAGUUGGACAGAGGAUGUGCUGAAUUGUCCUGCAAGGGGUCGGGCAGGGAUGAUGACAAAAAUUAUGAGUCAAUCCAAUAACCCGCCUCGUAUUUCAAUUCUCCCGUGUUUGAGAGAUGUCUUCCCUGGCCAAAAACCGAGAGAACUGGAGAUGAGGAAAUUGGAAAAAGGGUACAGGUGAAGCUUACAAUUGUUUGGCCCGAUGGUCCCCGAUAUCACGCAGGUGAUCUUAUCAUAUCUGAUUCUUUCCCGUCGCAUUGUAACACUAGCGAUCUUAGUCCGGCUGCCCAUGCACGCCCCAAGAACUGUGAAUACUUUCGGGAGUGCGUUGCACAAGGGCGUCGCAUCUCAUAGCAGAACCAAGCAAAACCGCCGAUUCAGUGACAUGACUUCUCGUACUUCGAGUCAUCGCGGGGCCUAUGGAUCACGUGUAUUUAAUCCGUCUACCCAGGGUCUCUGGGCCGUCGCCUGGCUGCUCUGGGCUUGCCGGUCUCCCGUUUCUCCACUGCAUGGGGGGUGCAUUCUGUUUUGCCACUCACUCUCCGCCUCAUCACCACGACCCUCAGAGUCACAGCCACCUUCUCUGACCUGCAAAGCGCACCCUACACCCUGCAUUCCCCUUGACGCUCAAAACAACAAGACAACAAGGGCGCCAGCCGGCACCGCGCUCCACGUGUUUUGCGAGAUGAUAAAUCAAGAAUGCGCCCAUGGUUGACUCUCCAUUUCUUGUCAAUUUCCGACUUCUGAGGGGGCCCCGCAGCCUAUUUCUUCACCUUCAGUCGUUGGUUGAUUUCAAGAUAUUUCAAUCC